AGGUGCUUACUGGACACCGCUGAAGUGAUGCCGUUUGCAGUGGGCCGACUUUAUGCGGAACUCAAGCAGUGGGAAGCAACCGAUUUUAAAGUACACGAGUUGGUGCUGAAUCUUAUAUCAAGCCUAGAUCAUAUGCUCCAGGAGUUUAACUGGGUGCAAGGCGUGACCAAGCAAAAGGCCAAGACCAUUCUCUCGAGCGCAAACAUAGCUGUUGGCUACCCGCAAUGGAUACUGGACAACAAAGCGCUGGACCAGUAUUAUGAAAAAAUUCCUAUAAACGGCGUUUACCUGAGUCUUUACGAACAUGCCCUUAGAAACCGAUUCAUUCAUCAGCUCAACAUAAGUAAUUCUUACAGCAGGAUACCAACGAAAAUGGCGCACUUCAUCUUUCCAACCAAGAUGGUCGAACUUCACCAGAGAUCGGGGCUUCUACGGGAAACCUUGUUCUACGACAUCCGGGAAAACACAUUCGUCAUACCUUCGGGGGUCUUCAGCGCCCCUUAUUACAACCCGGACUUGACAUGGUCCAUGAACUACGGAGGGCUCGGCACUCUGGUGGCUCGGGACAUCAUCAGAGAGUUUUUCCACGCUGUGGACGCCCGAUGGAUGACAGAAACUGAUCGGCACGUCUAUAGAAAUGGUUCGCAGUGCGUGCUGCGAGCCAUCGGUAAAAGAAGUCAGAGGAUGCCGGAGGAGGCAUUGCUGCACUGUUCCAGCCUCGUGAGAAGUCUACUUUCGCUACGGCUAACGUAUAAUGCAUACCACCUGCACUUGGGCGUCCAGGACGAAGCGACGCUGCCAGGACUCGAAGAUAUGAGUCCCGACCAGGUGUUCUUCGUGGCGGCUUUCCGGACGCUGUGCACACAAAUCCGGGAGCUGCACUUCGUGCCCGUGGUGCAUCUCAACGGUACCGUCACCGAACUGGACUAUUUGGACGGCCUAAUGCGAGGCAUGAACGAGUUCACGGACGCCUUCAGCUGCAACAAACUCCGAGAUAUGCCCAACGUGGUCCAGCAGUGCUUGGCACCGAGUUCACCGGCCGCAAAGUUGAGGGCGAGAAAACGAACCUUGUGGCAUCCGCCAGCCAUGCACUUCACGACGCCGGACAACCCCGUGUUGACGACCGAAAGGCGAACCGCUUACAAAAGGAAUAGGACCGUGUUUAAACGUCCUUAUCACCAUAUUCGCCCGUGA